AUGGCUUCCACCGGAAACCCCACCAGCGGCCUUGGCCGCGAAGAGCAACUCCAAUCCGCCGCCGCAUCCGGCAUCGGGAAGAGCACCGUCACCGCCGACGGGUCCGUGGUGACCUCCACCGACCCGACCACCAACCCGACCGCCCCCGCCGGACAGAAGCUCAAGGGCGACGUCAGCGGCGCCGUUAGCGGCAGCAUCGGCAGCAUGCAGGCGGCCACGGGCGCACUGCUCCGGAACAAGGAGAUGGAGGAGAAGGGCCGCACCAAGAUGCAAGAAGAGGACGAGCGGCUGGGCGCGAAGCGAGGGGUCAUGCCUGUGGGCUCGGGGCAGAGACAUACCACGGCUGACACGACGUCGAAUGUUUAA